CUUAUAUUAUUUUUAUUUAUUUUUUUUUUAUUUUACUUAUAGCGCGCGUAGCGCGCGCCUGUGUGCUAGUCCCUAAUAUAGUAUGAUAGUAUUUGGUAGUCUGAUAGUGUCAUUGCGGGAUAAAUAUUAUAUUUAAUUUUAAAUUCAGUCAUUUCCUUAUAAAAAUACGGCAAAUGUUUUGAUCAUGUAGAGAAAUUUUCUAAAACAACAAGGCGGAAAGGAUGUUGGAGAGCAUAUAAGACGAGCGAUGAAGAGGAUAAUGACGGAUAAAUUAGCUGUCCAAUAUUCUUGGUCCGGACAAAAAAAUACUAUUCGCUUUCAAGAUUGUCUUAUUUCAAAACUUUUAUUGAAUGCAUGACCUGAAAUGGUCAAGAAAUGUUCAUUACAAUGAACAACAUUUAUAAUAAAUUAAUGCAUGCGCAUAAGAAAUAGCCGAUUUCUUUAUAAUUACGACGUAUGUAAUAUUUCAACCGCUGCGAUCUAAGUCACUUACUAAGCAUAUUUCAUACUAAGAAUAAUUAUUUGUAAACUUUACAGUGUGGACAUUUUGCUGUAAGCACGCGAAGGCUGUGAAAUCUGAAGAUCUUUUUGAUGUUAUAUAUACCAGGACAAAAUGAAGAGAGAUCGAAAGGUUGAUGAAGAGAACGAGGAACGACAUCGCAAGCGCAGAGAUCGCAAACACGACGACGAUCUUAGAGAAUCCAGGCACAAUAGUGAUGAUCACAAAGGUUCCAGAUACAACGAUGAUCACAGAAGUUCGAGGCGCGACGAGGAUCACCGGAGUUCCAAGCGCAAUGACAAUGAUUAUCGCGUGUCCAGACACGAUGACGAACAUCAGGGCUCUCGACGUGACGGUGAAUAUCGGAGCUCUAGACGCAACGGUACCAGGAAGCAUAGCGACGACGAUUACAGGGAUUCCAGAGACGGUAAGGAUGAGAAGCACGAGGUGCGCAAAUCACCGGAGGAACAGAUAGGCACCAGGUAUUACGGCGAGCCGGAUACACUGCAGGUCGAGCAGAAGCGAGCGGUGGACCUGCUGACUUCGAGGAGACUGGUAGAGCCUACAUCCCACCUGCAAAAUUGCGUAUGCUCCAGACAGAGAUCACGGACAAGUCAGGUGUAGCGCAUCGCACGGGAAGCGCUGAAGAAAUCGAUCCACGGUUACAUCAAUAAAGUUAACACCAGCAAUAUAUCAAGAACAUGACAACGUACAUAUAAUUGAACUAUUACGGACAAUUCAUUUUGGUUCACUUUUUAUAAUUCGUUUUUAGAUAUGGUACACUUUAAAAAAUUAUGUAUCAAAUUAUUGUAUCACUUUAUCUAAUCUAGAUUGUAACUUUACUACUUUAUAAAGUUUUGUGCAAGAGCAUUUGAACACUGUUUCUAAUUGUAAGAUAAUUUUCAAUGCUAAGCAUGAAUCUGUCAUCACAAAAUUUCUAUCAGAUCCGGUGUUCGAAAUAUAAGAAAAGUUAUUUUUACGAUAUACAUAAA